CGAUGACGCAGCCCCAGCUCCCCUCUCCACUCCCCCUUACCGACGUGACAAGUGAAAAAGCCAUGCCUUUUGGAUUCAUGAAUAAAAAUCCAAGGGGAGUGAAGUUUACAGGACCCAGGAAAGUUCUCCAUAGACAAAUGUUUCGCGCUCUUCUGGUCGCCCAUGACCGAGUACACGUAGAAAUCCCCGAGAACUGAGCUGCACAGUCGGGACAAGCACCUUUAGACUGAAGAGAAGCUUCACUGAGGAAAGAGGGGGAGAGGAGAGGAAGAGAGAGGGACUGAGAUAGAGAUCCUAUCUCACUCUCCCAGUCGAAGUCUUCAGCGUAUCGCGUCCAGCGUCUCGCAACUGCAGGACAAUGUCUAAUAAAGCGACUUUAGCCUUAGUCAUCUAUGGAAUCAUAAUGCAUUACAGCGUCAACUGCUCACCUCUGGGACUAAACUUUGCCAGUGUUAGACUUGACGGUGGGGUUUAUGAUGAAGAUGGAAAUUCCUUUCCGUCCCUGGAUUACGACAGAGAGCAAAUGGAUGUGAGAAAUCCUCCGUCUGUCGCAGACGACAUCUACACUUUGUAUUACCCAUCAGAACAAAGAACGGAAAGGCAUGCAGACGGCAUGUUUAAUAAAGCCUACAGGAAAGCGCUGGGUCAGAUAUCAGCAAGGAAAUAUCUGCAUUCUCUGAUGGCAAAACGUGUAGGCACAGGGAUACUGGACGACAGCUCAGAGCCCCUGUCCAAGCGACACUCAGACGGAAUCUUCACAGACAGCUACAGCCGCUACAGAAAGCAAAUGGCAGUCAAGAAAUACCUGGCAGCAGUCCUUGGGAAAAGCCUUGAAGACAAGGAUAUUCACCAUAUCCUACAAGGCAUAAACAUUGAUGCCCUCCCGGACGGGGAUGAGUUUGAGGCUAUUUUGGGAGACUGGCUGAAACAGUUCUCUCCCGAAUUUCCGGUGAGUUUCAGGCUCUUUCCUGUGGCCAUGUUCUUGCAGGGGGGCAUCUCAUGUCCCCUCCUUUUCAUCUCACUUUGAACUAUUAACCUUGUGAUUUUUCUCCAAACACUCAACUUUUCUUCCACCUCAUUUGUGCUCUAGAGUCUCACAGAUUUAACCUUUAAUCUCACCUGUAUAGCCACACGCAUACAGGCUGAAUAUGAAGAGACUUUGCUGUUGAUUGAUACCAAAACUGCAGAUUUAUUAGCAUCCUGUUUAUGGAUAAAAGGAUGAUAUUGUAAUGAAAUAAAGUUCAUUUAUUAGAUUUGGCUUGGACCAAAUGUGAGCCCUGAUGGAUUAAACACAGGAUGGCUGUCACAAAGAAUCUCAAAUCUGAGACGAGGACCAGAGUACCUCUGAGGUUUUUCACAUCCUUUUCUUCUGCUGUUUUCUCAGAGUGAGCUUUGACUCCUGUGAAGUGCCAAUUUUGUGUUUCUAUCAGCUGAUUUCUGUGUGUUUGGAAACUUCUUAAUCUGCUGAGGGUUUUCUCAUGUCUGUCAUGUAUCAGCAAAAUUCAAAGCAACACCAGGCAAACGUUGAAAAAUGUUAAAAACACUAAGAAAUGUUUUUUGUUACAUGGUAAACAUCUAACAUGUAAUGCAGCAUGCUUUGUGACUGCUGCAUACUUGUCAUCUCUGGAUGUCGUCUUGUGUUCUGUUCUCCUCACUAAUAUUUCUAAACAAGCUGUGUGUUGAAGAAUCUCUCUGUACUUUACUUCUGGCAAAUAAUUUCUCAGACUGUCAGGCUUUAUAUUUUAGGCUCUGUGAUUUAACCAACAGUAGUUUUUGCAGUUGUAACUGUUAAAUUGUAUAUGAAGAAGCUAUGAUCAACCAAUUAAAAUGGCCAUUUUCUAGUGUCUUUAUCUGCAGUAUGCCAUAAAAAACUGACAUUGUUGAGUUCAUUUAAAUAAUGCUAUUAAAUUUAAGGAGGAAGAAGAGUAAACUGCAAAACGCAAAAAAAAGAAAACAGUUAGACAUCAGGGUCAGCAAAUAAAGAAAGCAAAAACAAGCUGAUUUUGAAAAACAACCAACAUAGUUACACUGAAAACUCACUGGCAACAAAUGGCAUGAAAAAGUCUGCGUACUCCCACCCAGUUCUUGAGAAAGCUCUGGUGAUGCACCAUGCACUAACAUACAGAAGUAGCGAGCUGAGCAUUACAGCAGGGUAGAGUUCUUCGAUUUGUGUUUACUGUAUCAAUCUUUUUUUAAUUUUGCAUUCUCCUCUAGGCUUUGUGACGCAGGAAGCAGUUUGCAGCUGUGGUGCCUUGCAUCGACUUUAAAAUUGCCAUGAUGGCUAUUUAGUGGCCCUACAAUGCUGCACAUCAUCAGCUUACAUUUCACCUUUUCGUCAUUGUCUUUGUGUUGCGUAGAUAUUUGCUAGGAUCUUUACUGCCAUUCAGCUUAGACAUCAAGCAUUCUUGCUUGCACUGCUUUUAUUUUAUUUUGCUAAUUUGUUUUCAGAGCAUUAAAUGUAGAGUUUUGUGAAAAUUAGGGAAGGACCAGUUUCUCCUCUAUAUGAAACAUUAUAUGUAUGAGAAUGAAAGCACCAAUAGCCUUACUAAAAUGAAAUAAUCUUCAGAUAUAUAUUUACUGUGUAGAACGUGAAUAUUAGACUUCAAAUGAUGAUCUGCAAG